AAAAGUUCAUUUUCUAUUCAAAGCAAUCGAAUGAUUUAUCACAUUUUUUCUCAUGUUUCUUUUUUAUCAGUUCAGCGAAAUUGACGACUUCACGCUUGUUGCACACUGUUAAUAAAUUCUUCAGCACAGGAAUCGUUUCUGGGCGUUAUAACCCUUUUCACAAAAUUACUUAUGUCUUGAAAUUUCCAAACUCAAGUCAUCCGUUGAUUUUUCCAUGAAUCGGAUUGCUCCGAAGAACGUCGUUCACGCACGACCGAUUGUUUACGAUUAUCGAAGAAGAAAGCAGAACGAAAACGACAAAGAGCCCAUGUGACCCUUCGUCUUUGUCCACGUUUUUGUCUCGCACGCACACACACACACCCACACCUGCAGUACUUAACCUACCAACCUAAUGCUGCAUAUGUUUAAAAAACAAUAACUUGUGAAGCACUAGAUGUUUAACUCGAGCGUUAAUUUGAAUAAAUAUUAUUUAAUGUAAUGUUGACACUUGGCACAGCAGUAUUUUGUUAUACUAACUCGACAAUUAAAAUUUUACGUUUAAUUUUUAUAAUUUUAGCACUGUAUAUUCAAGCAAAUCUUCGAUAAAACACGAAAAGUAUCACAAACGUAUUGAAGAUUCUCAAUUUAAUUUCAACACCGGGAAAAUAUGCCCAGGAAAAUAUGUAGUGCUGCUACCUAUCGACGUUAAAUAGAAUUACGCUGAUAUUAUGAGUCGACCAAUGAGAAAGAUAGAGUGUCGUGAUUCGUUGAUGAAGAAGAAAAUGGUUACCUGCCAACCUCAUGACUUCACGUUUACACUGUAAAAUCAAAUGUAUUUAUUCUGUAGAUAAAGAAUUGUCUUUUACGAUGGCUGAUUUAGCUACAGAUCAGGUAAGAAGAGAAGCCAGGAGAAGGCGAAUAUUGGAAAAUUCAGAAAAUCGUCUGAAGAGAAUUACCGGAAGAUAUACGGAAAAAAACAUUGGAGAAAAUUCGAAUAAUGAUGUCAUAUAUUCCUUACCAAAAGUUGACAAUUCAGUUAGCUCCAAAAUCUUGACAUCUGAAAGCAGCUCUAUACUUGAGGAAAAACGCUUAAACUUUUUGGAGCAAGACAAAAGUUUCGACAUUAAUGAUUAUGAACUAGAUGAUUCAGAUGUAAAGUUUUCGAAAUCAGAUGACUUUUAUUCUUCAGAUUAUUCAACAUCCCAUUUGCCAAAAAUUAGUAAAGAAACACAUGACAGUAUCAUCUCUAAUUCAAUAAAUAGUCAAGAAAAUUUAAAAGCAAAUAAAUCCAAAAAUUUGUUUAUAUUUACUUUACUCUAUAGUCCAUUGUGUAGUAUUUUCUUAGCAGCAUUUAUGAAUGUCUUACUCCUAGCCAAUGUGCAUUUUUCUGUAUAUAAGAGUCUGAUUGUACCAUAUCUUGUAUUAGCUUUAACAAGAUUACUUUUUCAGUAUAAAGUUGAUGAAUCUAAAGGAAGUAGCAUGCUUGUAGCUGCUUUGAUUUUGUGCAAUAUAAAACCUGAAAUUGUACAUACUUUUAAAAAAGUUUUAACACUUAUAAGUACAUUUUCUCAAGGAUUUGCAUUAUAUAUUACAAGUUUUACAUUAAUUAAUUGGUUAAUAUCACUUUUUUGGAACAAGUCAAACAGUUUGAACUUUUUCUAAUGCUUAAGUGAAAGGAUUCAAUAUGUGUUGUUCAAAUUGAAAAUUACUUAUAAAAAAUUUUUGUACAUACAGUUUAUAUUAUUGGAAAUAUUUAUUUUAUUAUCUAUAGUAAUUAAAAAUAUAUAAAAAGCAGUCUGUGG